AUAACCCAAAAACAGAAGUUUCAUCUUCACAAUCUUCAUGAGAUGAUCUGAUCAAAACUUCCUUUUUAAAGAUCAUUGAUAUUUCUCGGAAUAUAUUCUUGAAUGCACGACGCAGUAUCUGUAGACUAAUAGUAGUUAUUACAGAUUGCCCAGGAGUUGUGCUUGCCUUUUGUUGCUACUUUAUAACACUAAGAGAUGCCCGGAGAACGUAGUCCUGGUCCAUCAACACCUAGAGUUCGGCAUCGUAGACGAUCUAGUGAGUUUCAGGUCCCUUCAGACUUGAGUAAACAGAAUGGCAACAAUUUGCUUGUUCAUGACAAAAACAAGUAUCGAUCUAUGUUGGUCCGUGCAUACUCAUCCCUUUGGAUGGUUGCAUUCGCCUCAAUUAUAGUGUACCUCGGUCAUCUCUACAUCUUUGCCAUGGUGGUUAUCAUACAAAUAUUUAUGGUCAGUGAGCUUUUUACCUUGAGUAGAAGAGCUCAUGAAGAAAAGCGACUUCCAGGAUUUAGGCUUUUGAACUGGCACUUCUUCUUUACAGCAGUGCUAUUUAUGUAUGGCCGGAUACUCAACCGACAGCUUGUCAAUACUGUGACUUCAGAUAAAGUUUCCUAUAAGCUUCUUAGUGGUGUUAUCAAGUACCAGAUGGUUAUAUGUUAUUUCCUGUAUAUUGCAGGUUUCAUGUGCUUCAUCCUCACCUUAAAGAAGAAGAUGUACAAGUACCAGUUUGGCCAAUAUGCAUGGACACACAUGAUUCUUAUAGUGGUCUUCAUCCAAUCCUCCUUUAUGGCAGCUAAUAUAUUUGAAGGAAUAUUCUGGUUCCUACUCCCUGCAAUCCUCAUAGCUGUCAAUGAUGUUGCCGCUUAUAUCUUUGGAUUCUUUUUUGGAAGAACUCCAUUGAUAAAGCUCUCUCCCAAGAAAACCUGGGAGGGUUUUAUCGGAGCAUCAGUUACAACACUGAUUGCAGCAUUUGUGCUUGGGAACAUACUUGGUCAUUUCCAAUGGAUGACAUGUCCUAGAAAGGAUUUAUCUACUAGCUGGCUUCGUUGUGAUCCUGACCCGCUGUUUAAGCCUGAGUAUCACGCUUUACCACAAUGGGUUGCUCGAUGGUUUCAUCGCAACGAAAUCGGCAUAUUGCCAGUACAGUGGCAUGCCUUGUGUAUAGGACUGUUUGCAUCAAUAAUAGCACCAUUUGGAGGCUUUUUUGCCAGUGGUUUCAAGAGAGCAUUGAAAAUAAAGGAUUUUGGAGAUAGUAUUCCUGGACAUGGAGGAUUUACUGAUAGAAUGGAUUGCCAGAUGGUGAUGGGCGUUUUUGCGUACAUAUAUCAUCAAUCUUUCGUUGUGUACAGGGACCUUUCUGUUGAGACAGUUUUGGAUCAGAUACUGAACAACCUCAGUUUCGAGGAGCAGCAAUCUCUUUACACGAGGCUCGGACAGAUAUUCUACGAGCAACAAAUCAAUCCAUAACCACAAUCAUUCAAGCUUGAGUUAUUGGCGGUUUCUUGUGUUUGGCCCUACUGACGUAUAUGGCAAAACAAGGAUUUCACUUCUUUUCGUCUGCAGAUUGUAGACUGCUCGAGUAUAAUGGGUGGUUUAAGCAUCUGAGAGGGACAGGAAAUUCUGGAGUGUUUCUGAGAGCGAAUUUGUUGAGUUUUCUUUUCAAUUAUUCACUCAGAUUUUUCUUACUGGAUCGCUAAUGAUGGUAGCUUAGUCUUAUUUCAUCCUAUAAUGACUUUGGUACCAGUAUUGAGAAGAUACAAGACCUGUACUAUCAGAGGAACUGGGACAAUUAUUGUAUCACCUUAUUCUUUGUGUACAUAUCAAAUGGAGUAACACUUGUUUUUGCUUU